AUGUUUACUUUUGCCUUUUGCCUGACGCUGCUUACGGGUGCUUCUGCUGCGCCGAGAGUGGCGUCCGUAGUCUCGGGGCAGGAGCUCCUCGACAACUCCGCGCCCCCCGGCUUCUACGCGGAUGAGCUCAAGCACUUGAACAGCAACUUCGGGUCCCUGGAUCUGCUGGGCAGCUGCUGCGGUGCCGACAAAGGCCAAGCUCUUCACAUCGCAGAGUCCGUCAAUUCGAACAACAUCUACGGAUCAACAAUUGACGUUGCAAAGGGCAUCUUCGACAAGACCAGCUGCAGUCAUGUGGAUCCGCAAAGCUUGGAUGCAAGAGUCAGCGCCGACUGCAACUACUUCUUCAUCUUUAAGAACAAGGCACAUGCCGAGCACGACUACGCAGCUAACUGCGUGCCGGCAACAAUAUGCAAGGAUGACGUUGUGGGCAUGACCAAAGGUUUGGUGGCGACCUACGGGGUGGUCUUGCAAAUCUUGCAGGGCAACCUUGGCUCCUUAUACUGGCUGGGUGGGGGGCAAUUGGCCGAAUGCUACAAGGCAAUGAACCAGAUUAACACAGGCAAGAUUGACGACCUUUUCGUGACGAAGCCGGGUCUGGUGAUUGCCGGACAUGUCCUGACUCACGACACGGUCAUGGAAGUUCCCGGUAUGACUAAGCUCGGGGUGGAGGAGUCCUUGUCCAACUGCAAGGAUGAUGGCUCGGUGGGUUAUCUCUUCGUCCACAAGAACCUCUACUGGUCCAACAAGAAGAGUCAGGUAGACUUAGGCGAGUUCACCAAGUUCAAGCAGGAGAAGGAGAAGCAGAAGCUGGCAGCUGCGAAGAAGAAAGCAGAGGCAACAGCACGCAAGGCAGAAGAGCAGAAGAAGAAAGAGGCAGAUGAGAAAGCAGCUGAGGAGGCAGCAGCGUCUGAGAAGGCAAUGAAGGUGGACCCCUCGCAGGAGCGACAAGUGACGUUGGCAACAGCACCAGCUCUCAUGGCCGAGGUCGUGAAGGAGCAGGCUGAUGAUGCCAAGGAAGCCGAAGCGGAAGCCAAGGGGACAGCCGCAACCAAGUCUGUCCCAGCAGUCCCACCGGUAGCACCGGCCCCAGCGGUCGCACCGGCACCGCCGGCCUUGCCAGCAGUCCCCGCCCCGGUCUCCAAGUCGGCGAUGGCUGGUUCAGACAAGGCAGAGGAAGCAUCGACCCCGUCGGAUACUUUCCAGCAGCAGGUCGACAAGGUCGCAGGCGCUGCGAAAGCGAGCGCGGGGAAGGUCGCGGCAGCGCAAGAGAAAGAUGCAGAUGCGAAGACCGUCAGUGCCAUCGCCAGCAGACGGCUAUCUGGUGACAUUCUGGUGGAGUCAGACGAGAGAUUUGGCGAGUUGCAGCUCAUCGGCGGUUGCUGCGACGCAGCAAUUGGUGAGGCGCUCAGCAUGUCGACCGAGAUCAAUCUGAACGAGCUCUACGGAAAACCGGAUGAUUUGAAGAAAGAGUUCGAAGUCGAGUCUGGCUGCCAUGUGGUCAAAAAGCACGAAAUGAAAAAGAACGGUGACAGAAACUGCCAGUACGUAAUGGUCUUCGAGAACAAAGAUGCUCCGAUCAACGAGCUCGCUGCAAACUGCGUGCCGGCGGCCAUUUGCAAGGAAAACGUGGUCGGCAUGACGCAGGGCAAGAUUGCAAGCUAUGGUGUCGUUCUGCAGAUCCUGCAGAGGAACCUCGGCACUCUCGUUUUCAUCGGUGAGGGGAAGCCAGACGACUGCUACAAGCGCAUGCACGAGGUGAACAAGGGUGACCUGAGCAAGAUCUUCAAGAUGCACACAAUUGAGUUCUUAGGAAUGCAUUUCACAGAGAAGAAGAUGGAAAUCGACGGCAUGACGAAGCUGGCCGCGGAAGAAUCCCUGGCUGACUGCGCGGACAAGGAAACCGGAGAAAAGAAUGCAUAUCUCUACAUCCACAAGAACUUGCUGUGGGACAACGAUAAGGAGGCCGUCAGCAUCCAGAAAUACACUGAUCGCAAGGAAGAGAAGCUGAUGGCGAAAGCGGCGAAGGAACUGUUCGCGGAUGCCGAGAAGAAGCUCGGGAAGCCGCCUGGCAAGGAGCGGCAUCUGUCUGAGGUCGUCGUCUAA